AAUAUACACUUCCAUUUUCAUAACCGCGUUUCAAUGGCGACUUUUCAUCUCAACUAGUUCAAUUAUAAAUUCACAUAUAACAAACCCAAUUUUGAUCAAUAAUUUUUAUUCUAAAUUCCUUUGAAUUUUCACAACUAAUAUCUUUCGCGAAGAGAGUUUCACCCCUUCACGCCCAUCAGCCAUGAACGAUCUUCUCUCCCGCUCCUUCAACCGCUCCGUCUCAGACGAUUCAUCGCCCCCACACUCACACAACAUCGAGAUGUCAAAGGCGAAGUACUCCUCCGGCGGAAGCUGCCGCGGUGGAAACAACCUUGACAAGUUCUUCCUCGACGUGGAGGAAGUGAACAGCGAUCUGAAAGAGCUUGACCGUCUCUGUCACAGCCUCCAGCUGAGCCACGAGAAGAGCAAGACGCUCCAUAACGCCAAAGCCGUCAAGGAACUGAAGGACAAGAUGGACUCCGACGUCUCGACGGCGCUCAAGACGGCCAAGCGCGUGAAAGUAAACCUCAAGGAGCUGGAUCGUGCGAAUGAAGUGAACCGGAGUUUACCGGAAAGCGGACCCGGUUCAUCGUCUGACCGGCAAAGGACGUCGGUGGUUAAUGGGCUAAGGAAGAAGCUAAAGGAUGCUAUGAACAAUUUUAUGCGAGUGAGAGAGACUAUUUCGACGGAGUACCGAGACACUAUUAACCGUUUGUACUUCACCGUCACCGGCGAAAAUCCCGACGAAGAUACCGUCGAUCGUCUAAUCUCUACAGGAGAAAGUGAAACGUUUUUGCAGAAAGCGAUACAAGAACAAGGUCGAGGUAGGAUUUUGGACACAAUAAACGAGAUACAAGAGAGACACGACGCAGUGAAAGACAUUGAGAAGAGCUUGAACGAGCUGCAUCAGGUGUUUCUUGAUAUGGCCGUGUUGGUUGAGCACCAGGGUGAACAGCUCGAGGACAUUGAAAGCCACGUCAAACGAGCAAACUCGCUUGUUCGAUCUGGUGCGGACAAGCUUGUUAAGGCGCGGUUCUACCAGAAGAACACGCGCAAGUGGACUUGUUAUGCCAUUUUGCUAUUGAUCAUUAUUGUGGUUUUAGUUGUGUUGUUUACUGUUAAGCCUUGGGAAGAUAAUGGUGGUGGUGGUGGAGGUUCGACCCGCCAAGCUGCUCCGGUGCAAGCUCAGCCACCGCCACCUCCAGCUCUGAACCGGCGGCUACUUCGUUAAAUCGUGUUCUCUUUUUUAUUCUUUCGGUAUAUGCACUGGCCUCUGCUUUUGAGUUUGAUUUUAUUUAGCAUGUUUUUGAUUGGAUCCUUCUGUAUAUACAUAUCUCAUAAGAUCAGUAUAUUAUUUUCCUUAAGUAACGCAAUAAUUAAAUUUUGCAUUAA